AUGCCCAACGCACCCCCGGCUGCAUGGUAUAACCUACGUGGAUCUCGCCUGGGAGGUUUCGGUGGCCGUAUCGGAGGAUUCAUGCCCAAUGAUUCGAGAAGCCGUAAUGCACGUGGCAAUCGCAACCGUCGCCAAACGGGCCAGGAGGCUACAGCUGCGCCGAUUGCGGAAGUUGCUACCGUCACUCAACCUCCCGUCACCGCAGAGGUGACCCGACCAGCCGCGGCUCCCGCCGUAUCAGGUGCGCGGCAGGGGUUCUCCAACUUGAGGUUCUGGAGGAGAAACAGAAACGGUGACAGUAACAAUACUGCGUCCAGUCAAGCUGAAGAGGUGACAGCUUCCGGCGAGGCUGUGACCCCGUCGCAGCUGGAGGCUGGGAAUCUCAAGGAGGGCUAG